ACAUGUCUCUGUGCUGGAAACGCCUGCGCCGUCUUUCCUCAGAGGUUAACGAAGAGAGCAGACACGCUUUGCGUGGUUCUGCAAACAUACUCUGCAAUAAUGGUUGUGCUGCAUGUGUUGUUCGAGCAUGCGGCAGGUUACGCACUGUUCGUGGUCAAAGAGGUGGAGGAGAUCGGCAUGCUGCUCCCUCAGGUGGAGCAGAGCGUCUUGAGUCUGGGGAAAUUCAACAGCAUGGUGAGCCUGGCUGCCUUCUUCCCCUUCCGGUCUGCUCAGGCUGCCUUGGAGAACAUGAACGCCAUAUCUGAAGGUGUGGUUCAUGCAGAUCUGAAGUUGUUCUUGGAAACCAACCUUCCUCUGUCUGGAAAGAAGAAGGCUAACUUGGGAGUGUCUGAUGCCAAAAUCGGAGCCGCUCUUCAGGAAGAAUUCACCAUUUCUAUACAAACUGGCGGAGCGGUGGCUGAGAUAAUCAGAGGUGUUCGUCUGCAUUUCCACUCCCUGGUGAAGGGUCUAACUGCCCAGGCCGCCUCCAAGGCCCAACUGGGUCUGGGUCACAGUUACUCCAGAGCCAAAGUCAAGUUCAAUGUCAACAGGGCCGAUAACAUGAUCAUCCAGUCCAUUGCUCUGUUGGAUCAGCUCGACAAAGACAUCAACACCUUCUCCAUGCGAGUCCGUGAAUGGUACGGCUACCACUUUCCAGAGCUGAUCAAGAUCGUGUCGGAGAACUCCAUGUACUGCCGUCUGGCUCAGCUCAUCGGCAACAGGAAGGAGCUCUCAGAGGAGAGUCUGGAGAGCCUUGAAGAAGUGGUGAUGGACAGCGCCAAGGCUCAGGCCAUCCUGGAUGCUUCACGCUCCUCCAUGGGUAUGGACAUUUCACCCAUCGAUUUAAUCAACAUAGAGAGGUUCUCGAACCGUGUGGUAUCUCUGGCCGCCUAUAGGCUGGAGCUGCAGGAGUACCUCCGCUCCAAGAUGAGUCAGGUGGCCCCGAACCUGGCAGCCCUGAUUGGAGAAGUGGUUGGAGCCCGACUUAUCUCCCAUGCUGGUAGUUUGACCAACCUGGCCAAGUACCCGGCGUCCACCGUUCAGAUCCUGGGAGCAGAAAAGGCCCUGUUCAGAGCUUUGAAAACGAGAGGAAACACGCCCAAAUAUGGCCUCAUCUUCCACUCGACCUUCAUCGGACGAGCUGCAGCGAAGAACAAAGGCCGCAUCUCUAGAUAUCUGGCAAACAAGUGCACCAUUGCUUCACGCAUCGACUGCUUCUCCGAGCUCCCCACUAGUGUAUUUGGAGACAAAUUGCGUGAACAGGUGGAGGAGCGUCUGUCUUUUUAUGAGACAGGAGAGGUGCCGCGGAAAAAUGUUGACGUCAUGACUGAGGCUGUGAAAGAGGCUACUGAUGUUGCAGCUGAAAUGAAACGUAAACUGGAGAAGAAAGAGAAGAAACGUAAGAAGCGUGAGAAGAAGCUGCAGGAACUUGCAGCAAAUGGAGAAACAAACGGCGAAGCAGAGAUGGAGGAUGGAGAAGCCGACACACCUGUGGUGAAGAAGAAAAAGAAAAAGCAAGCUGCAGAGCAGACUGAGGAGGCCGAAUCGGUUGAGACUCCGGUCAAAGCAAAGAAAAAACAAAAGGCUGAAGACGCAGAGGAAACCACGGACAAUGGGGCGGAGGAAACGCCGGUCCCACCUAAGAAAAAGAAACGAAAGAGUGAAGCUGUAGCUGAGGAGGCAGAAGAGGAAGCUCCAGAAGCAGUUGCAUCUGAAAAGAAAAAGAAAAAAAAGAAAAAGACAGAAUAGUUUAAAAGGACUCUUCAUUUCAGUGUACAGUUUAUUUUCAUACUUAUCCUUAGUUAGAAUAUGUAAGAUUUUAAGCAGAGUAGAUGCUUUUGAAUGUAUCUUUGAGUUAAAGUUGUAUAGAUGUUUUCUAUCAAAGUGAGGAAUUGGUGCCUCAUGCCUUAAUAAGAUGGACCUGCUAAUUGUGCUUGUUGGGAUUGUUGAAUCAUGGCCAUCUAGAACUGUAAUGUAACUGCAGAACCAUAAACUCAUUUCUAUUAAAGCACACUGCAUGCGAGGCUUGAGUGGCUGAAACUGUUUAAUGCAACAUUUUCAGUUUUUCUAAAGGAGUUAGAUGGUAAUGAGCUGUUUUUGAUAAAUGGCAGCAACAUUUUAAAGCUGUGAUUACUGUAAGUCUCCAUGCUGCCAGGAAUGACCAGUGUUAAGUGCAGGAGUUCAUGGUUUGGAUUUGAGGAUCUGUUUCGGUGAAUAUUGUAUAAAAGUCCCUCCAACACACUUGGCCGAUAUGCCUUUUGUUAUUUUUGUAAUUAACAGUUGUAAUAAAGCAUCUACUUUGCUACA